UGUCAGUCUGUGGGUUUGUCUAUCAGUUUGAUCCUAUUUAGAAACAUGUGUUUUAUUUGGGGUUAUUCUAUUAAUAAAUAGUUACGAAAAUUAUUUCGGAUAUUUUAAAACGAGAAUUGAAUUAUUCAGCAAGUAUUGUAGAUAUUACAUAAAUGGAAUGAGAAUAAUUUAAAUGAAACAGAAGAGAAUAUAUUUCGAUAGUGUAAAGCCUGCCACAUAAAACCAAAUUAUAUGAUAUUAAUUACUAUUAACGUUUUAUCAUACGCAUGGAGUGUUCUUAAAUUCUUCUUACUAAGAAAGUUUAUUUACAUGAAAUACAAUAAAUAAUAUAUCUACUUUUUAAAAUUAUCCUUUAAAAUGGCCUUAAAUUGUUUUUCCAAGCUUUUGAAACGAAGAGAUUUAUGUAGAUAUCUAUUACAAAAUGAUAUAAAACAGUAUUCCAACAGUACAGUGUUUACUACCAAAAUAAUUAAUGGGAAAUUGCCAUUUGAAAAUCUGCAGAAAGGUUUAUUUCACACCCCAUUAAGAUUACUUUUUACCUCUAGAUUUUAUUCCAUUAAAACUGCUCAUGUUGAUGACGAUAAUUACCGUAAUGAGCACAACAUUACUGUUAUCGGACAAGAUAUUCCAAGUCCAUAUAUUGAUAUUGAAAAUAGUCAAUUUCCAGAUUAUAUAAAACAAUUUUUAAAUAAACAAGGAAUUGAGAAACCUACUAUCAUACAAUCUCAAAGUUGGCCAGUAGCACUGAGUGGUCAGAAUUUUGUUGGUAUUGCCCAAACUGGUACAGGUAAAACUCUUGCCUAUCUUUUGCCAGCUGUAGUACAUAUUAAAGAGAAACAAGGUAGGAAAGGAUUGGGACCAAGAGCACUUGUUCUGGCUCCAACUAGAGAGUUGGCUCGUCAGAUAGAACAUGUGGCAAAAGAUUUUGCAAAGUUAUUGAAUAUUCGAUGUGUUUGUAUAUAUGGAGGAGCUCAUAGAGGCAGGCAAGCUGAAUUAUUGCAAUCUGGAGUCGAUAUUGUAAUAGCUACACCUGGAAGACUGAAUGAUUUUUUAAAAAGUAAUACUACAAAUCUUAGUAGAUGCACAUAUGUUGUGCUUGAUGAGGCAGACAGGAUGUUGGAUAUGGGUUUUGAACCACAGAUCCGGAUGGCUCUGAAUGGUGUACCUCUUGAGAGACAGAUACUGAUGUUCUCUGCAACUUGGCCAAAAGAAGUGCGGCAUUUAGCUAAGGAUUAUUUGGGAGAAUAUGUACAGGUAAAUGUGGGUUCUACAGAAUUGUCAGCUAAUCAUAAUAUUGAACAGAAGAUUCACAUUUGCCUACAGGAGGACAAAAUGAAAAUAUUGAAUUCAAUAAUGCACAGUAUAUCUGGUGAUGGAUUUGGAAAACUUUUGGUAUUUGCUAAUACAAAGAAGUUUGUUGAUAUGUUGUCAUUAGCACUUAAAAGGAACGGUUGGCCUGCAGUUGGCAUCCAUGGUGAUAAAACUCAGCUUCAGAGGGAUACAAUCAUCAAUAAAUUCAAAAGAGGCAAUGCUAAUAUUUUAGUAGCCACCGAUGUUGCUGCAAGAGGGUUAGAUGUGGAUGGUAUAACUCAUGUAAUUAACUACGAUUUCCCGAACACAUCUGAGGAUUACAUUCAUCGUAUAGGGAGGACAGGCCGGAAUCAGAACAAGGGCGUGGCUCACACGAUGCUUACCAAUGAUGAUGCACGGCAGGCGCAAAAUUUAAUAGCUGUAUUGAAAGAAGCUAAUCAGAAUGUUCCAAAAGAAUUGGAAGAUUUGUCGCGAAGUUAUAGCGAGGAUAAAGCACAGCAACAACAAGCAAAGUACAAAUCAAAACAAUAUAGCUGGAAUUCAAAUAGGAGAUUCAAUAAAUAUCGUUCAUCUAGCAAGCCAAGCAACUAUAGUAAUAACUAUAGAUAUUAACAAAUUCUUUAGCCGAUUUUUUAUAAUAUAGAUAAUUAACAAAUUCUUUAGAUGGCGUUUAAUUAUGUAUAAAUGGCAAAUGUAAUCGGAUAAUAUAAUAUCUAUUCGAAUUUGUUACUUUGAUUUAAAGUUAUUUUAAAAAUUCUGUAAAGUAAAAAUAUGUUUCAGUUACAGGCUUUAUAAUUACAGUUUAAAUUGAUGAUUAGAACUGAAAUUUAUUAUAAUAUUCAAUCUUACUUUCAGGCUCAUUGGUAGAGCUAAGCUGAUUAUUAUUAAUUUAAUAAUACAGUACAGUAUAGUAUCAGUGAAAUGUGUUAUACUUUGUGUUGAUCUCCUAGUAUUUUAUCUUUGUAACAAUAUUAAUUUCAUCAAAAUUAUAUGUAUAUUCUAUACAAACUUAAUAGCGGUAA